AUGCCUUUCACUCAUUCUCGCUCACAGCCCAUGAGAUAUGUCGAUGUGUGCCAAGCACAGUCGAGUGCCAGUCUCUGUGACAUUAAGGUCGAGAGGACUCGGAUCGACUGUUGUUUUCUCAUGUCUAAGACGCGCUGGGGGCAAUUGCACAACAAACCCUCCGGCGUGAUGUAUCUAGAUCUAACCUUUCACCAGCCUACCAACUGCAAACUCGCGGAAGCAACCAUUACUAUGAAUUUUCAAAAUACGCAAGAAACUCGACUUUUGCCCCUCGAAAAUAUCGAAGUCACGGAGUUCUUUGGCCCCUCAAUUCUGAGCGGGGAAAAAAGGGAACGACAAAUAUCAACGACCCUAGAGGUCAACCCUAAAGUGGGAACUGGCAGCAGUAACAUUGAAGGAGCUGGCUGGUCCCAAAGAUCGGAUACAAGCUAUGCAUCGCGGUGGAGAUUUACCGGGUCGCGUUUUGUCGCAGAACCUUCCUCGUCUCUCGAUGCGUUGAAUUCUCGAAGCAGCCGAUACCAGCAACUCGUAUGGCAUUUGGAAGAAAAUGAGCUGGAAAAUCAGGCCAUUCACCACUCGACUGUGCACUCUGCCGUUGCAUUUCAUCAUGACUCCAAACCUUUUUACCUCGACCUUCAAAUAGAAGUGAAGUUGCAUCGGUGGCACCACCGACUUAAGCAGCGGUUGAUCUGUCCGCCGCGCAGUCGAAGGGUAUACACCAGAGCCAAAAUCGACGCUACAUCCAAUGUAGCUCCAGAUCCAAACUUUGUACAACUCGCUAGAAACCUCGAUCAUGCCAUGAUAGACACGAAUUUGCACCCCGUAGUUGGUGGGUUCACGUCAUCAACCACAUCCCUGAAAGCAUUCAAUCACUAA